AUGACCGUAAGACUACAAAACACGUCUUGUCAAGAAAGACAUUUUUGGUGGACUACUACAAGCAUCUCAAUGACACGAAUGAUAUCGUGUUGUAUGUGCAUCACAACAACUUGGUCAAGAAUGACAAUGUCAAGGUCAGAAGUGACUUUCAGAAAAUUGGGAGUCAAGAUGACUUACAUCAGAAACAGGCUUUACGAUGUUUACUUGAGGUCUUCUCACGAAGAGGACCCUGCCUUGCAUAAAAACACCUUGAAGAACAAAAAAGUUCAGCACCCAUUGUCUGUGUUGUUGAACGGUCCAACGGCUGUAAUCACCAUUCCAAAGUGUGAGCCCAGCGUUGUUGAGCAAGUCAUGAAGAUCUUAAAGCAAGCGGGAGAAAAGCUCAUUUUGAUUGGAGCUAGAAUCGAAACCUCCAUUUACAAUAUUGAUGACUUGGACAAGUUUAAAAGCUUGCCAAACAAGGAGCAAAUGCAAUCUCAGUUAGCCGGGUUGUUGACUGUUUUGGGAGGUGCUGGUUUGGUCAGAACAUUGGAGUCUAAUGGUACGAUGCUUUACUUGACCUUGGAGCAGAGAAGAAAAGACCAAGACCCUCUGUCGGAGGAGCAGGAAAACUAA